AUGCUGCGCUCUUGCAUGCGCGCAGCAGCAAGGAAUUUGUCGACAGCUGCUGCUGUUGAAGGCAAGGUUGUUCUCCGCUACUUUGAGAGCAGGGGAAGAGCUCAGGCCCUUCGCUAUGCGUUGGUGGAUGCCAACACGAACUUCAAAGACGACCGAAUUUCCAUGCAGAAUAUCAUGAGCGGCAACUGGUUCAACAUGAAGAACAACGCCUCAAUCAGUGGCAUUUGGGGCUCACUUCCGGUGUUGGAGUGGGACAACUUCCAGCUUUCACAGACUGAGGCCAUUUCAACUUUCUUGUACAACAAACUAGGACAUGCGGAGCAAAAUGCAAAUGAUUUACAGCUUGCAGCACGUUCAGCUUCCCUCACCAGCUUUGCUCACCAAGAUAUAAUUCUUCUCUCCUUGCAACUCAUCAACAUCAUAGGCACCAUGCAAAAUGCAAAACCCGAAGACCUAGUAAGUGCCGUUGGGCAGUUUCACGCAAGGAUUCAUGGAUUUCUUCCAAGGAUUGAAAAUCUUGCAAAAUCUAAUGGCGGAUACUUGAUAUUUGAGGCAAUGGACCUGAUUGCCAUGAUUCUAGGAAAGGAAAGCUUCAAUGGAUUUCCCCACUGCUCGAAAUUUAUGUUCACUAUGAUGGAGCGACCAAAUAUUGCACAGUACCUCAAGAGUGGUCAGCGCCCUUUGUAUCUCACAGGAAGUCCCGUCGAACCAACAAUCCUGGCAAGGGUUGCAGAGUGCAGGCCCAAGUGA